AUGGCCCUUGACGCAGGCAAACCCACAUACUCUACGGGCGACAAGACCUCUUUCGCUUGGGUCACUGCGCGCGAGCGAUGGCCCGUCAUCAUCACAAGCGCCAUUGACGAUGUCUACCGGUCCGUCCACGCCGCUACGGACCCAGAGGCCGUACAGGAAGGCAAGAAGAUCCUCGAAUCUCUUGCCAGUCUCAAAUACGAGAUCCAGCACGACCGUCAACUAACCCCCAUUGAGGAUGAUGGGUACCUCGAUGUGUCCCUCUACAACGAUGAAUUGGCCAAACUUGGUCCCCCGACCUGGCUCAAUGUCUCUUGGCUCUACUCCGAGUGCUACCUCUUCAGGCGCAUAAGCACAUACUUCACGAAAACCACCCACUGGAAGACCUACGACCUCUUCGCCCGCCAAAAGAUCAAGACCUUCCGCUCCUCCCGACCCGCCGUGCUCGAGCUCGCCGCGCGCUACCGAGAACUAGCCACCCAGCUCCAGAGCGGCGACCACAUCCCCGACGAGGCCGAGAAGCUCAUGUUCACUGAGAUGUGCGAGGUCUGCCUCUGGGGCAACGCCACUGAUCUGUCCCUCCUGACGACGCUUACGUACGAGGACAUUCAGAAGCUGCAGGGCGCCAAGGCGCGCAAAGAAUCUGAGAAGAAUAUCCUCGUCAACGAUACGGCCACGGCGUUCGAGCUCCUUAAGAAGGCCAAAGCUGAAGGAAAGGCCGAGCGGAGGGUCGAUAUUGUCCUCGACAAUGCCGGGUUCGAACUCUACGUCGAUCUCAUCCUUGCGGGGUACCUCUUGUCCUCUGGCCUCGCAACCCACAUCGUCCUCCACCCUAAGUCCAUCCCGUGGUUCGUGUCCGACGUGCUCCCCAGCGACUUUGCUCACCUCCUGAGCUCCCUCGCCAACCCCAAGCCCUUCUACGAGACUCCUUCGGAUGACGAGAACCUGCAGGGGAAGACGCCGGCGCCUCUGGCUGAUGCCGAUGCCGAGAACCUUGCCUUUUUGUUCCAGCAGUGGAGCCGGUUUCAUGCGGAGGGGCAGGUUAUCCUGCGGCCGAACAGGUUCUGGACGCACGCGGGGAGUUUUUGGAGGAUGCCUUCCGAGGCGAAGGAUCUCUUUGAGGAUUUGAAGUUGAGCGAGCUUGUUAUUUUCAAGGGUGACUUGAACUACCGAAAGCUCACAGCAGAUACCGAUUGGGAUCCGACUACCCCGUUCACCACCGCCCUCGGCCCACUUGGUCCUGGCUCCGGCAUCAACGUCCUCUCCCUACGCACCUGCAAGGCUGACGUCGUCGUCGGUCUUGAGCCUGGCGUGGACGAGAAGCUCAGGGCCGUGGAGGGCGGGGGUGGAGAUAGCGGUGCGAGAAAGUGGGCUUGGAACGGCAAGUGGGCCGUGAUUUCAUUUUCUCCUCGGGAGUGA